UGCCUCAUCUGACUUUUACAUGAACCCUAUCAAUAGACAUUCUUCUUGUACACACAGAAGUGGCAGCUGAGGCUUUGAGAAUUUGAAGAAUUUUAAGUAACAUAUUCCACCCCCGUAGAAGAUCCUGGAUUUGAACCCAGUUACAGGUACAGAUGAGGAUCCAAUCAACCUGUGAAGCUGUGUCUACAUGUGGAAAAUAAAGUCAAACUUUGGAUAAUUAUCUGGAUGACUCAGUCCAAAGCUUUCUGUGGGUGAGGCAGUCUCCAGGUUAGGACGUCAUGCUGGUCACCCCUGCUCCAAUUCCAUGCCAACGGCAGGCAUCACUAAUAAAUUACAGACGUCCUUUUCUCAUAACUCAGACAUGGCUUCAGAACGCUUCUCAACAAUUCACGCCAGGAAGCCACCAGUAAAUGAUGAAAGCUGGCACUUGAGAUCAAAACUAUUUCUCUUCUCUACCACAUGUGGAUGCUUUCCUUCCCCAAUAUUGAAAUUAUGGCUCCCUUAAGGCAUCCAGUAAUUUAUCUCCACCUCCUUUCUACCUGACCUUUCACUACUACCUUCAACAAUUUUGAGUUUUGUAUUCUCAGUGACAACACCAGUCACUCAGAUAAUUAUUUAUGUGGAUGCUCCAAAGUUGUUGAUGACUACACAACUUGAACUGAAGCAAAUUUUUCUUUAUCAUGACUGCCCAUUCUAAAUGAUCACCACUAUUGGAGAUUUCAUGUUUUCCUUGGAAAUUAUGCACAACCAAAGCUUUGUUACUGAAUUUGUCCUACUGGGGCUUUCACAGAAUCCAAAUGUUCAGACAAUAUUAUUUGUAGUAUUUUUGUUUGUGUAUAUUGCAAUAGUUGGGAUAAACAUGUUCAUUGUAGCAACCAUUCUCAGCAGCCCUGAACUACUUGGGUCCCCCAUGUACUUCUUCUUGGCUUUCUUGUCCUUUCUAGAUGCAUGCUACUCCUCUGUCUUUAUGCCUAAGACGAUCAUGGACUCCCUCUAUGAGAGGAAAACGAUCUCCUUUGAAGGCUGCAUGAUGCAGCUUUUUGCCGAACACUUCCUUAGUGGGGCAGAGGUGAUUGUCCUCACAGCCAUGGCCUAUGAUCGGUAUGUGGCCAUUUGCAAACCUUUACAUUACUCUUCCAUCAUGAAUAGGAGGCUCUGUGGCAUUCUGGUUGGGGUAGCCUGGGCAGGGGGCUUCUCGCAUUCUGUGAUACAAAUGCUCUUUACUUUCCAGUUGCCCUUCUGUGGUCCCAAUGUCAUCGAUCACUUCUUGUGUGACUUGUAUCCAUUACUGGCGCUUGCCUGCACUGACACUCACACCUUUGGCCUUUUUGUGGUCAUCAAUAGUGGGUUGUUCUGCAUCAUAAUCUUCUCCUUGUUGCUUGUCUCCUAUGGUGUCAUCUUGUUCUCUCUGAGAACUCAUAGUUCUGAAGGGCGGAGAAAAGCUCUGUCUACCUGUGGGUCUCACAUUGCUGUUGUGGUUUUGUUCUUUGUCCCAUGCAUGUAUGUAUACGGACGACCUCCAUCUACUUUCUCCUCUGACAAAAUGGUGGCAGUAGUUUAUGCCAUCAUGACUCCCUUGCUCAAUCCUUUGAUUUAUACUUUCAGGAAUAAGGAGGUAAAAAAUGCUAUGAGGAAAGUAUGGAACAGAUUGGUGGUGGUUUCUGAUGGAAAAUAA